GUUGGAGCAACUGCAGAUACCUUCCUGUCAAGGUAAAAGGGAAAUUCGUAGCCGAUUUACGUCUUACGAGACUGUGGGAAUGGACUGCCGCUAAUGAGUUACAAAGAAAGGCGCUAUGUAUAGUAUCUAACACGCUGAUAAGGCUCGGUUAACCUGACAAGUUACCACUGUCCGUCGGGACAAUAUUUUUAAGGAGGAGCUUCUAAAAGCCGGCUUCCGUACUGCAGAUUUAAAGACUCCCGAUGUUCUCUGCAGUCCAGGCCACACUGAAGAAACGAGGAUCAUAAAAUAGACUGUGACUACAGUCUGUGGUGCCCUUAGGUGGUCGGGGAGAGCAUUCCACAACUGGGAGCAGCCGAGCAGAAUGCCCGAUCCCCCAUUGUGCGGAGCUUGGUCCUGGGGGGUUUGAGGAGGUUGGUGGUUGCAGAGCGGAGGUUACGUGAGGAGGUCUGAGGGGUAAGGAGUUCCUUGAGGUAGCGGGGGGCAUUUCCGUGUAUGCACUGGUGGGUGAGGAGGGAAACCUUGAACUCAAUCCUAAGUGAGAUGGGGAGCCAGUGAAGCGAUUUGAGGAUGGGGGUGAUGUGAUCAUAUUUGUGCACCCUCAUCAGGAUCCUAGCAGCGCUGUUUUGGACAUACUGUAGUUUCUGGAGGCCGUUACUAGGAAUCCCGAUGAGGAGUGCAUUACAGUAGUCAAGCCUGGAGGAGACAAAGCUCUCCACCCCAUAUCCUUCUCUUCCGCAGGUAUCGGUUGUCCUGUCUUAUUGGUCCCAGAUCAGGGCACACCUGACAGCUCCCGUGUCGGAGAAUGAGGCCAGCAGCAGCCGUGUGCUGCAACCUCUUCUCCAUCCUGGUGGACGUCGCGGUCACCACGGUGCUCUACGUGCAUGGGUCCCGUCCGACGCCUUUCGCGAAGGACCUGCUGGACUUCGACGUUUUCACUUCGACCUUCGACCUCUGGGGGUUAAUGCUGGUCAGGGUAUCUCUGCUACUGGGGGGCUCCGUCGGGGUGUCAUGGAACGGUGCGGACGGACCCCGGAGGGUCUUGGCCGUCGGGCCCGUGUGCGACUUCGUGUGCCUGGCGUUCACGGCCUACGCCGUGGCUAAGCUGCUGCUGUUCUCGGAGCAGGGCUCCCUCAUGUACGACCCCUGGUUCCUGAGCCUGUUCUCCUGGACGUGCGCGUCGGCGAUGGGGACCAUGUACCUGUGGAGGCGGCUGGGCAGGUCCCACAGCGCGGGGACCGGCGGAGGGGCCAGCGAGGAGUCGGAGAGGCUGCUGGACCAGGCUGCGGAGGAGGAGCACGAGGAGGAAGCUGCUGGCGAAAACGAACGGAAAGGGGCGAAGGACGCGCCUCAUUCCGGGGCGACCGUGGGUCGACUUCUGUCCUACUGUCGGCAGGAUGCGGGGCUGCUGGCCAUCGCAUUCAUCUUCCUCCUCCUCUCCGCCGUCUCCGAAGCCUUCAUACCGUACUACACUGGACAGGCUAUAGACGGCAUCGUGAUUCAAAAGAGCAUGGAGGCCUUCACAAAGCCCAUGGUUAUUCUCACAGCCCUGGCCCUGCUCAGCUCUAUCGCCAUAGGACUGCGGGGUGGUGUUUUCUCCAUCACCUUCGCCAGGUUAAAUGUCCGUCUGCGGAACCUUCUCUUCAGAUCGCUGAUGCGCCAGGAGAUCGCCUUCUUCGAUGCCACCCAUACAGGUGACAUCACCUCUCGGCUGACGUCUGACACCACGCAGGUGAGCGACCUGAUCGCGGAGAACGUGAACCUGUUCCUGCGCAGCGUGGUCAAGGCCCUGGGCUUCUGCUUCUUCAUGUUCAAGAUGUCCUGGAAGCUGACCCUCGUCAUCAUCAUGGGCUUUCCCUUCAUCGCUCUGCUCUCCAAGUUCUACGGGGAGUACUACAAGAAAUUGACCAAGGAGGUGCAGACCGCUCUGGCGCAGGCAAACAAGCUGGCGGAAGAGACCGUGUCCGCCAUGAAGACGGUCCGCAGCUUCGCCAACGAGGAGCAGGAGGCUGACUCCUACUAUGCGAAGCUGCUGGACAUGUAUGAGCUGAACAAGAAGCAAGCCCUGGCCUACUCCUGCUACGUGUGGUCCAGCAAUCUCUCAGAGGUAGCCCUAGAGGUGGCCACCCUGUUCUACGGGGCCCACCUCGUGAUCUCGGGACAGAUGACCGGUGGGACGCUCAUCGCCUUUGUUAUCUAUGAGCUGGAGCUGGGGGAGUGCCUGCAGAGCAUAGCGUCGGUCUACACAGGGCUCAUGCAGGGCGUAGGCGCAGCAGAGAAGGUGUUUGAGUACAUCGACCGGAAGUCCAAACUGGCGCAGGACGGGCAGGAGGCCCCCGAAACGUGCAAGGGGCUGGUGGAGUUCAGGAACGUGAUGUUCGCCUACCCUACCCGUCCAGAAACGGAGAUACUGAAGGGCGUGUCGUUCACAGUGCGGCCGGGCGAGGUGACAGCGCUGGUGGGGCCGUCGGGCAGUGGGAAGAGCUCCUGCGUGUCCCUGCUGGAGAACUUCUACACCCCGCAGCAGGGCCAGGUGCUGCUGGACGGGAGGCCGGUGCACACCUACCGCCACUCCUACCUGCACUCUCAGAUAGCAUUGGUGGGUCAGGAGCCAGUCCUGUUUGCUCGUACUGUUCUGAAGAAUAUCUCCUAUGGCUUACCGGACCCCCACAUGGACACAGUGGUGCAGGCAGCCACUAAGGCCAAUGCCCAUGACUUCAUCAGCAGCCUGUUCCGGGGCUAUCAAACAGGAGUGGGCGAGAAGGGCGCUCAGCUGUCCGGGGGUCAGAAGCAGCGCGUCGCCAUCGCCCGCGCCCUCAUCCGAAAUCCUCACGUCCUCAUUCUGGAUGAGGCCACCAGCGCCCUGGACGCAGAGAGUGAGCACAUGGUCCAGCAGGCCCUGAAUGACGUCAUGCGGGACAACACGGUGCUGGUAAUCGCCCACCGCCUCAGCACCGUGGAGAAGGCGGACAACAUCAUUGUGAUCGACCAGGGCAGCGUGGUGGAGCAGGGGCCCCACCGGGAGCUCAUGGCCCUGGGGGGCCUCUACUGCAAGCUGGUGCAGAGGCAGGUCCUGGGCAUAGAGACUGGAGCGGAGCAGCUCAACGCUCCCGAGGAGACGGCCAGGCGGCCAAGGAGCCGGACCAGCUGUAGGCAGGACAGCGUCGAGUCGGAGAGCAGCCCGCGGUACUGAGAGGACUGUGGGACUGUUCGGAUGGACCGCGAGGGGCACUCUCAAUUGUGUCCUGACCCAAAAACCCUGGCCCGUUGAACUGUGAGGGACCAAUAUAGUCUUGAAGAGUAAGAAGUUGAAUCAUAACUUUGAGAUUGAAGGUACGAGGUCAGUGCGAGGUCAGUUGUUAAACUAGUAUGACACUCUGAUUAUGGUAUCGGACACAUUAAAAUGCUUUUUAAAUGAUAAUUUAUGUUUCCAGGUGUUCCGGGUACAACUGAAGAGUAAAAUUAAAGAAUAUGUUGCACUCAGAAUUAUCAUCAGAUUCACAAAUGUCUUAACAUUUUAAAUCAUAAGUUGUUGGUGAAUGCGUACAUUUACAGAAUAUUAUAUGUAUUGGGAGGCCUUAGUGAUGCCUGGUGAUGUCAUUAAAGCAGCAGAACUUAAAUAACAAAGUAUAGAGGCUAUGGUGUGUUGAACAAAGUGUUGCUGAAAGAUACUGAAUUCUGAAAUGGAUCUAAGAGAUGGCUACAUUUUCUUUUUAUUCCUGUUGAUUCUUUUUAUUUAUUUUUUACAAAAAUGCAAUUGUUGACAGUUUGGAUGGAGCAUCUGAGAGCAAGGAUACCUUGGAACCACAGGAAUAGUUUUUUUAUUCCCAUGUGAAUGACAAUGGCCUUAUAUUAUUAAAGGUUUCAAAUACA